GAAAAAAAAGGUUAAGGAGCUUCUUUCUCCUCUUCUGUUUUUGCCUGUUCCAUCAAAUUUUGCAAUCAUCUCAAAUUGAAUCUCCAUUUAUUCAUAACGUGGGUCGACAAAGUUACCCGGUACCUGUGUUGGUGGGAGUUAGCAGGUACCCCGUGGAACCAAUUGAGAUAUAUAGCAGCAUAUAGACCGUUUUCAGAAACUUGCAGUAUUUUGGGUUCAUACUAAGACAUAACAGAGAAUGGUCAAAAGUUAUGGAGUGUUUUGAAGCUGAGACUCUACCAUGCUGCAGUGCUUAAGUUCUUACCUUUCGAGGUGUUGUGAUCUUGAUUUUCGGCAAACAGGGGGCCUCGACGAUCCUGAGAUCCUUGCGCGAGAGACAGUUUUUAGCGUUAGUGAGAUUGAAGCUCUUUAUGAGCUCUUUAAGAAGAUUAGCAGUGCAGUGAUUGAUGAUGGUCUAAUCAACAAGGAAGAGUUUCAAUUGGCACUAUUCAAGACAAAUAAAAAAGAAAGCUUGUUUGCUGACAGGGUGUUUGACUUGUUUGACACAAAGCACAAUGGAAUCUUGGGCUUUGAGGAAUUUGCUCGUGCACUCUCUGUUUUCCAUCCAAAUGCACCUGUUGAUGAUAAGAUUGAGUUUUCUUUUCAGCUAUAUGAUCUCAAGCAACAGGGUUUCAUUGAGAGGCAAGAGGUGAAGCAAAUGGUGGUUGCUACUCUUGCUGAGUCUGGUAUGAACCUUUCAGAUGAAGUAAUAGAGAGCAUAAUUGACAAGACUUUUGAAGAAGCUGAUACUAAGCAUGACGGAAAGAUUGAUAAGGAGGAAUGGAGAAAUUUAGUCCGGCGACAUCCUUCACUUUUGAAGAAUAUGACCCUCCAAUAUCUCAAGGACAUUACUACAACAUUUCCGAGCUUUGUCUUUCACUCAAGAGUUGAGGACACCUGAUUUGGGAUUGAGAAGAAGAGUUGCUUACAAAAGUAAUAUAUUACUUUUCUUUUGGUUUCUGGGAAUCGAAGUUGGCUGGUUCCAUGGAUAUAUAACAUUAUGAUUACUCUUUCUAUUUCCCCCAUGUUAAAAUCGACAUCUUCGGGAUUCAAUUCUUUUUUAGUAGUGUUUUUGUGAUUUGUUCCUAUGAAUUGAUGUCGAUUUCCAAUUGAAUGAUGGUAUUGUGCUUGUUA